AUGGUCAGUCGCUAACAGAGAAACACAGUUGGGGAGCGAAACCAGAGGGAGAGGGAGAGGGAGAGAGAGAGAGAGUGAGAGUGAGAGAAGGCGAAAAUGGUGUCAGGAUCGGGCAUCUGCGCCAAGAGGGUAGUGGUGGACGCAAGGCACCACAUGCUGGGUCGGCUGGCGUCAAUCGUAGCGAAGGAGUUGCUGAAUGGACAAAAGGUGGUGGUCGUACGAUCCGAAGAGAUUUGCAUAUCAGGCGGCCUUGUCAGGCAGAAGAUGAAAUACAUGAGGUUCCUCAGGAAGCGCAUGAACACGAAGCCUUCUCACGGCCCAAUCCACUUCCGCGCUCCCGCCAAGAUCUUCUGGCGCACUGUUCGUGGAAUGAUUCCGCACAAGACUAAGCGUGGAGCAGCUGCACUUGCUCGCUUGAAGGCUUACGAGGGUAUUCCUCCUCCGUAUGAUAAGGUGAAGAGGAUGGUCAUCCCUGAUGCUCUCAAGGUGUUGAGGCUUCAGAAGGGGCACAAGUACUGCUUGUUGGGUCGGCUUUCAUCGGAGGUUGGAUGGAACCAUUACGACACCAUCAGGGAACUUGAAAAGAAGAGAAAAGAGAGGUCUCAGGUAGCAUAUGAGAGGAAGAAGCAACUAAAUAAACUUAGGGUGAAAGCUGAGAAGGUUGCAGAGGAGAAACUUGGCACCCAGCUUGAUGUUCUUGCCCCAGUUAAGUACUGAUUUUAGAGACUAUGUAAUAGUUUCUCACAGUUUUGUUGAGGAUUAUGAUGUCUUAGUGAGUGAACCAGGUUUUCAUUUUGUUAAAGAAUUUGGGUCGCUUAAUAUUUUCAAAAUUCCGAAUGGCCAUCUCAUCUUUAUCGGUUUGAGUGUAGAACUAGUCUUUCUUACAUUAGUUGAAUAUACUUCAUCAACGUUUCUCAA